AUAAUAACCUGUGCAAUGUUUUUGUGUGUUCAGGCACGUAACAAGCAGAAUGGAGAGCUGGCAGCUAUCAAAUUCAUCAAGAUGGAACCAGAUGAUGAUUUCUCCAUCAUCCAGCAGGAAAUCGUCAUAGUAAGCUGCAAACAUCCCAACAUAGUGGCUUAUUAUGGGAGCUACAUAAGAACCAACAAACUGUGGAUCUGUAUGGAGUUCUGUGGAGGAGGCUCCCUGCAGGAUAUCUACCAUGUGACUGGUCCUCUGUCUGAGCCACAGAUCGCUUACAUCUGCAGGGAGAUGCUGCAGGGUCUGAACUACUUGCAUGCACAGAAAAAAAUCCACAGAGACAUCAAGGGUGCCAACAUCCUCCUGAACGAUCACGGCGAGGUGAAGCUGGCUGACUUUGGGAUCUCGGCUCAGAUCACUGCCACGCUGGCUCGGCGGAUGUCUUUCAUAGGAACGCCAUAUUGGAUGGCGCCAGAGGUGGCAGCAGUGGAGAUUAAAGGCGGCUACAAUGAACUGUGUGACAUCUGGUCGGUGGGCAUCACAGCCAUCGAGCUGGCAGAGCUGCAGCCGCCAAUGUUUGAUGUCCAUCCACUGCGGGUCCUGUUUCUCAUGUCAAAGAGUGGGUACCAGCCUCCUAAACUCAAGGACAAGUCUAAAUGGUCCUCCAUGUUUUAUAACUUUGUAAAGUCCAUGUUGGUGAGGAACCCAAGGAAGAGACCCAGCGCCUCCAAGAUGCUCACACAAAGCUUUCUGACCCAGCAGGGCCUGAACAGGGAGCUGACCCUGGACCUGCUGGAGAAGUAUAGAAACCCUGAGAAGCUCAAGUCCUGCCUAGGGACGGAGGACGAAGAGAUGGAGAUGGCGCUGCCUGGAUCUUUGAGGAGAAUCCAGUCCAUCAACAAACACAACCAGGCAGAGAGGACCAACUCUGACAUCAGCUUGGAACAGAUUUACACUCAAAGGCCUGUGAAGAACCAAUCACCAAACACAACAUUAAGACCUUCACUGGGAUCCAGCAGCAGUAACAAGAGUCCAGUGAGGGAUCAGGACUCAGACUCAGACGAUGACUAUGAUGAUGUGGAUAUCCCUACGAUGACACCUGGCAGUUUCAUAAUGACAGCUAACGAGACUCCACCUCCACUUCCACCAAAGCCUAAAGCUCGCAGCAGCUCAGAGGAGAGCAUGGCGGGGGAGGAGGAGCGGGGGAGGAAGCCCUGCUCUCUGUACCCCCCCACCCCUCUCAUCAGGACCACCAGUGUGUCUCAGGUCCGACCCACACCCAGACCCCGGUCCUCCCGACACUCAGACCCUACGUCCUUCCCUGUCCAGUUGAUGGACCCCCCAGCAGACUCCCCCCCUCCUGAGCUCCCCCCUAAAGGCAUACGCAAAUGGAGACCCCCCUCAAAGGACCCCACUGAGUGCAGCAGCCCUGUCCUGAAGAAACCCCCGGUCUACUUUAAAAAGAUCUUCCACGGCUGCCCUCUCAAGAUAAACUGCUCCACGACGUGGGAGAGCACGGCCACCAAAGGAGACCAGCACCUGAUCCUGGGGGCGGAGGAGGGGAUCUACACCCUGAACCUGAGCAGCUCCGAGGCCACCAUGGAGCUGCUGUAUCCAGGGAAGUGUACAUGGGUCUACACCAUCAAUAACGUCCUCAUGUCUGUGUCAGGUAAAUCCUCUCAGCUCCACUCACACUCCCUGAAGGAGCUUUACGAACAGGCUCGCAGAGACCAGAGGAUGGUUUCCCUGCCGACUCACAGACUGUUACCAAGGAAAAUUUCAGUGACAUGUAAAAUACCUGAUACUAAAGGCUGCAAGACCUGCGCAGUUGCAGGCAGCGUGGGGGGGUGUGUGUUCCUGUGCUGCGGACUGGAGUCCAGCGUGGUGCUGCUGCAGUGGUACGAGCCCAUGCACAAGUUCAUGCUCAUCAAGAAUUUGGACUUCCCCCUGCCCAGCCCCCUGCGUGUGUUUGAGAUGGUGACGGUGCCGCAGCAGGAGUACCCGCUGGUGUGUAUCGGCAUCUCUCGGGGGGCCAGCCCCCACCAGCCAGUCAAUGUAGAAUACAUCAACCUCAACUCUAACACAUCCUGGUUCACCCACUCUGGCCUGGAGAGACCUUGCCCAGAUGUAGUCCAAGUGAACCAGUUGAACAGUAGCUCGCUGCUCGUCCUCGUAGCGAAGUCGGUGCACAUCGUGGGUCUGGAGGGGGAGCUGAAGAGCAGCAGGCCUCUGACACAUGAGACCACCUUCACUCAUGAAGUCCAGUCUAUAGUGUAUUUUGAGGACACUCUGCUGGCAGUGUGGCGUCACGGCUGGCAGAGGAGAGGACAGGGUUUUACUGAGGUGCUAGAGGAGACCACGGACCCCAGGAAGACCUACAGACUGGUGCAGUCAGACAGGAUGGUCGUCUUGGAGAUGCGUCAGAUCGAUGACCAGACGGGGAUGUCCAACCUGUACGUCCUGGAAAUAGCGGAGAACUACGUCAUGCUGCCCUGACUCUCCGUCUACCGGCGAACGGCUUCAUGGGAGACUCCAGAUUAUAUGUGAAUGUCUCCGCAGGACUCUGAUCUGUCAUCAGUGACUUUGAUGGGCAUGGAUGUCACAGUCUUUUAAUUUCUAAUGGGAGGAGAGGAGAGAAGUCAGAAAUAAAUGAUAGCAUGAUGUUGCAAGGGUAAGCCAACCCUUACUUAGGCUGAUUUCAAUAUGUGAGAUACAGAAUUGAGAAAGCUGAGGAAAAUAAAUGAACAGUGAAGGAAGGUCCUCCAACACUACAGAGGGAGUUCUACUUUCUUCUUCUGCUGCAGCCGCCUGCAGGGACUGAGAUACACAACGGCUUCCAGAGGAACUCACACAGGAAUAAAGGACUGGAAAGAUUCAUGAUGUGAUUUAUAUCCUGAGUUUGUGUGUCAGUGUUGGAUCCAUAAAACACACUUCUUACUGCCGUUACUUUGUAAUAAAAAUGAAUUAACUUAA